GUUCUAUCUCACAGCACCAGCCAGGUUCAUGUCCUGCAGUGUGUCUUGAAGUAGCUAUAUCGAUCAGCUGAAAGUCAACAAAAGUCGUCGUCUUGCUUUCCCCAGUAAGACGGUAAACAAGCCCGCGCGACCGAAGUGAGAGUUGUUUGCAGUGUAUCGGCUUUGAUUAAUUUUACCGCAUUAAAAGUAACGGUCCUUCUUUGAAGGUAACAAAUUUGCUCGAUAUUCCUGGAAGAGGCAAGCGGAGUGAUCCGGCAGCUUUAUCAAGUGUGCAGCUUUGUUUUCGGUUUUGUUCAGAUUACGAAGUGUGUGCAAUCUGCUGCUAGAUAGAGUCUUCAAUCCCGAGAUGUCAAGCUAACCGCUCGGAACGAAGGCCCUCCUGUGGAACGACACUCACCUCACUAUUCCAUCCUCUAUUUUUUCGAGGAUUGCCCUUCUGCAUCCAAAUAAGCUCCGCCGUGGGUUCCUCUGUAAUCAAUUGAAACGACGGAAUGAUAAAUUACCUGUUGCUGCACUACUGGCAGCGGCAAAGGGGAUUAUAUCGAAUAAUCCUGCUGUUUGCAAUAUUAUCAACGAUUCACUGCAGCGGCAGUGAUUCCCGGGACUGGUGGCAGGAUACCGUGUUCUACCAGAUCUACCCACGGUCCUACAUGGAUAGCGACGGUGACGGUGUGGGGGACCUUCGGGGCAUAACUUCAAAGCUGCAGCACCUGCGGGAUGCGGGAAUCGGUGCAACUUGGAUGUCCCCCAUCUUUCGCUCACCGAUGGUUGACUUUGGUUACGACAUUGCCGACUACAUGGCCAUUCAGCCCGAGUACGGCACGAUGGAGGAGUUCGACGGAAUGAUGCAGGAAGCGAAUCGAUUGGGUAUUAGGGUAGUGCUCGAUUUCGUACCGAACCAUAGCAGCGAUCAGUGUGAAUGGUUUUUGCGCUCCGUUUCGCGAGACCCGGAGUAUGAGAAUUUCUACGUGUGGCACGAUGGGCGGGAGAACCCGACGGGAGGCGAGCCUUUACCACCGAACAAUUGGCAAUCGGUUUUCUACGGUUCGGCUUGGACGUAUCACCCGCAGCGUAGGCAGUUCUAUUUGCAUCAAUUUACGAAAGAGCAACCGGAUCUGAAUUUUCGCAAUCCGGCCGUGGUGCAACGGAUGGACGAGGUGAUGCGGUUUUGGCUGGGCAAAGGUGUGGCUGGAUUCAGGAUAGAUGCGGUGAACCAUCUGUUUGAGGUGGAAGAUUUUCGCGACGAACCGGAAACGGGAACGGAUCCGGACCCAUUGUCCUAUGGAUUUACGCACCAUUACUACACGAAAGAUUUGCCAGAAGUUUACGACACGGUAUACCAUUGGCGAUCCCUCCUGGACGGAUGGACGCAGGACCACGGGGGGCCAGCGCGAAUCAUGAUGACCGAAGCCUACGCCAACAUUACCUUCACAAUGAAGUACUACCGCUCGACGGACGGCACUCGACUUGGCUCACACAUGCCGUUCAACUUUCUUUUGAUAACCGACUUGAAUCGGGCCUCCAGCUCCCAGGAUUUCAUUUUUACCAUCAAUAAAUGGUUGACCUACAUGCCUCGUGAUCAGGAAGCUAACUGGGUCAUAGGAAAUCACGACCAGCCCCGGGUUGGAUCGCGAUACGGAACGGAACGGAUCGAUUCUAUCAAUAUGCUGCUGAUGACGCUUCCCGGAAUUGCCGUGACCUACUACGGCGAAGAGAUCGGUAUGGAAGACUUUAAGGAUAUUCCAAGGGAAGAUACGCGGGAUCCUACGGCAAGGAAUAUCAAUAACCAAAUCUUUAUAGACUUUUCGCGUGAUCCGGAACGGACACCAUUCCAGUGGGAUGAUAGCAUGAAUGGUGGGUUUUCCACCGCUUCUAAAACGUGGCUACCUAUCAAUCCGAACUACGUCGAACUCAAUUUGAAAAACCAAAAACAGGCCGAAAAAAGCCAUUAUAAAACCUAUCAGCUGCUUGUCGAGCUUCGAAAAUACGAUACAUUCCGGAAGGGGACAAUUCAACUUAUCCCGUACAAUGACGAGGUGGUUCUGUUUAUCAGAGAACUAACGAACCACGAUAGUUUCGUAGUCGUGUUGAACCUCGGCCCACGGGAGCAACUUGUUGAUUUGUCAAUUUUCCCUCGACUUUCACAGCACUUGAAGGUGGCAGUCGCAUCGUCUAGCUCCAGCAUCUCGACAGGGGACUCAGUUGAACGAGAUAGGUUACUAAUCGAACCGUAUGACGCGCUGGUACUGCAGGAGAGCUACACCAUCCGGCAGCGGCUACCCCUUGGAAUCCCCCUUCCGGUUUCCCUGCCAAGUGCGGCUAAGGACAUCGCCAUAAUUGCGACAAUUUUAAUUGCACUCGGCACUGGUUGUUACCAUUUCUAUCGGCGCGGCAGUGGACGUGGAGCUGAUGGCGUUUGGAGCCGACAGGCACUCCUCAGUUGGUGCUCUAACUACCACUACUACAUCAAUAGCAAGAUGGGGGAAAAGUGCGACCUGGUGGUACCUUCGCUGUAGAUAACCGCAACCAUAAUGGGUGGACUGGGUGAAAUUGCCACCUCGUGGUAGAAAUACAUAGUAAUCAACAGUGGUGAGUAGAUAAUGAGGCAGUGAUGCCAAUUUGUUCAAGAAAUAUAUUAAGAAUAAGAGAA